AUGGGCCAGGUGGGCAGCCAGCCUGCGCCGGCGCACACGCUGCCCCACAAGCCGCCGCGACACGCGCCCAAGGUCCUGCCGUCGCUGCCGGAGUCGCCGCGCCUGCGCAGCACCGACAACGGCGCCAUCCUGCAGUCCGGCGGCACCAUCAGCGGCCGCCGUCCCGCCUCCACGCUGCACGACGCCUCCAGGGUCCCCCAUGGACAUGUGCAAGGCCGCCGCCCCGCCUCCACGUUGCACGACGCCUCCAGGGUCCCCCAUGGACAUGUGCACUCCAACAUAAUGUACCGCUCCCGGUCGGCGGGCGCGCCGGGCGAGGCCAGCGAGCAGCGCGCCCGCGAGCGCAACCCGCUGCACCGCUCGCACACCAACCUCGACCUUAGGCACAACGACAGUAGCAGUAGUUUAAAUAAAAGGUUUGGAUCAGAACCUGAUCUGCGAAUCGAAGAAGAACAGCAAAAGCCCAAAUGUAAUAAACAUUUCAGAAAAAAAUAUCGAGCACCACCUCCUCCUACCCAUGAUAACUGUGAGGGUUCAUCGCCAGAUUCCAGCGAAGGGAACGCGAGAGCAGAACCCCAAAGGAAACUAAGGCUUUUCAAAACUAGAAACGAAACCAAAAAACUGAACGGUCACUUAGAUAGUAAACCAGCUUUCAGAACUAGUAGUACAGAGUACAGAUCGCUAGACUAUAAUGAGAACCAAACCUUUGAAAGAAGAUACAGGUCGCCGUGCAAAGACAAAGAGCAGCAUUACAAGUACCCGGACAACAAGGAUAUGGUGCAGAGUUCCGCGUCUCUGAAAAGAGAGGAACGAAUAUUGCAAACGAAACAAGACUACAGAAAAACAAGGACAGAUAGAGUCAGCGGGUGUAGAGCGAAAACAUCCAAGACAAAUGAGCAGAGUGAGGCGUGGAAGACACCACUUCUAAACAGGAAUUUCAGAUAUUCCGAAAGAUUCAAGAAGGAAGACAGUGAGCAACCGUCGCUGAGAAGAGAAAAGACAUUCGACAACACUUUACACGUGAGUGAGAAAGAGAGCGAGUCUCCCAGAGCCAUACAUGAAAACAGAAUCAAAGCCAUAGGCGAGCAACUGAAAGGAAGUCAUCUCAGCCCGUUAGCGGACAACAAGCCUUUGAGAAAAUCUCUUCCUUCACUAUUAAUGAAGAAUAAUGAAGAAAAAGAUGAAUUCCAAGCUGAACUUAAAAAGGCAACAAGUAGGAUAAGAAACGAAUUAGGCGGUAAAAUUAAUAUUAGUGAAAACAAAACUAGUCAAAACGAUAAACCGAGCGCGCAGAAACCAAACCCAACGAAAUUAGCAGUCCAGAGCAAAGUCAAAGAGUCUAGUCUUAAACCGAGCAAUGUUAUCAAACCAGAAACAAAAUCAGCAAUCAGCAGACGGCCUCUGGCCCGAACGAAUGAAGUCAAACCUAAGACAGCCAUCCCACAGAAAACUACUCCUAAUGCGAAGAGUAAUCCAAUAGUUAGUAAAUCAAAGUUUACCGGUAAAGAGAAUGGCAGGACGAUACCGGACAGGGGACAAGCUUCUGGCAAAGAAUCUACGCCUGAACAUUCGCCGACUAGGAAAAAGGAUAUUGCGACUAGCCAAACUGCACCAGAAAAACAAAAAUCAGCGCCAUCAAAGCAAUUCUACUUCGGCAUGAUCGAGAGCAAGCAGACGGCGCCGCGCGACCACCUGAAGGACUUCCCCGGGCUCGGCAGCCCCAUCAUCGAGGAGAUCAGCAACUUCCACCUCAUCGAGAAGAAGCUGCUCGGCUACCACGACGAGGACGCCGAGUUCGACAAGUUCAACGCCAAGCUUAAGGAGGACUGCAAGACUAAGAACUUAUCCUCAGAAUCGGCGCUAUCCUCAGACGGGUCGGAGGGCUCGGGCUCCGAGGGCUCGCUGGGCAUCGCGCUGCGGCUGCGGCCCACGCUGCCCAAGAAGCAGCCGUCCAUGCCGCGCUUCUCGCCCGCGGCCGCCUGGAGGCAGCUCGCCUCGCUCGACGCGCACCUGGCUUCCGUGCAGGUCGGGCUAGCUCGGGCUCCGGGCUCGCUGGGCAUCGCGCUGCGGCUGCGGCCCACGCUGCCCAAGAAGCAGCCGUCCAUGCCGCGCUUCUCGCCCGCGGCCGCCUGGAGGCAGCUCGCCUCGCUCGACGCGCACCUGGCUUCCGUGCAGGUCGGGCUAGCUCGGGCUCCGGGCUCGCUGGGCAUCGCGCUGCGGCUGCGGCCCACGCUGCCCAAGAAGCAGCCGUCCAUGCCGCGCUUCUCGCCCGCGGCCGCCUGGAGGCAGCUCGCCUCGCUCGACGCGCACCUGGCUUCCGUGCAGGUCGGGCUAGCUCGGGCUCCGGGCUCGCUGGGCAUCGCGCUGCGGCUGCGGCCCACGCUGCCCAAGAAGCAGCCGUCCAUGCCGCGCUUCUCGCCCGCGGCCGCCUGGAGGCAGCUCGCCUCGCUCGACGCGCACCUGGCUUCCGUGCAGGUCGGGCUAGCUCGGGCUCCGGGCUCGCUGGGCAUCGCGCUGCGGCUGCGGCCCACGCUGCCCAAGAAGCAGCCGUCCAUGCCGCGCUUCUCGCCCGCGGCCGCCUGGAGGCAGCUCGCCUCGCUCGACGCGCACCUGGCUUCCGAAACACAACCACUAGCAGUGGAAACCAAGAUGUCGGCGGACAUAUCGGCGGAGUCGUCGCCGAGAUCAGAACAGUCGGCCGACAAGUCGGGCGACUCUGGAAUAUCGGGCGACCACGCGCACAGCGACCACCGCGUCGACUCGCCAAGACAUCACACCCAGGAGUCAUCUCCCGCUGCAUGGACGCCCCAACAAGACCUGGGCGACAGCAGCUCGGACGGGGCGGGCGGUGGCGCGCUGCACGUGGGCGGGCCCCGCGUGGCCACCUACAGCCCCGGCGCGCAGCCCUUCAGCCUCUCCCUGCCCCGGGACGGACAGGACAGGGGCAAGCCCUUGCAGCAAGGCUUCAACAGCCUUCAGAAGCUGCGGAAGUCGGUCUCAGGAGCGCUGGGCGCGGCCUUGGGCUCCCGAAGGUUCGACCUGGAGCACGAGCCGAUGCUUCAGGAGCCGGAACAGAACUGGUUCUUGACGAAGUCAGCGCCGAACUCGUUGAGUAAUCCACUGCUGUUCCAGCAGCCAAGGGCUAAAGGGUCUACCGAAGAAGACAUUAAAGAAGAAUCAAUCGCGCCUUCUGAGAAGGACGACAUGGCGGCGUGGCGGCCCAGCAACUCGUACCUGUCGUGGGGCGGCCACGUGAUGUACCUGCCGCCCGCGCCCGCCGCGCCCGACCAGCCGCUCUCCAUGCUCGCCAUCGACCGGCCUGUCAGGAGCAAGUCGAGCGGCUGCCUGGAGGCGGCGGCCCGCGCCGCGCGCGCUGCUCUCGCCAGCGAGAUGCGCGAACGCGAGCGCUCCGCCUCGCCCGAGCUGGCGCGAGCGCUGCCGGCACGCGUCGAGCCCGUUAGCGUGACGCACGUCAAACGCUCCGCGCGGCAAGCGGUUCACGUUCCAGUCGACGGUGCGGCAGCUGGAGCGGAGAAAAUUAGCGGAGAAGCUGUCCCGUGA